AUGGCUGCCGAGCAAGAGACUGUGGGAAAUUCAGUCCCGCUGUUCCAAGUCAGACUCCAGCCUAGAGGGCAAACAGAAGAACAGGGCUUGGUGAGACCCAAACCAGAGGAAGACGCUGAGGGAGCGAAAGAAACUCCUCGCAGCAUCCAGAACAGGAAUAUAGGGGAACUUCCAGACAAAUUGACACCUCCGCAAAUCAAAGAGGAAGCUGAGGAGAGGUUGGCACAACCUUGGGAAACCCGGUGGCAGGAUUUCCCGAAGGAGCUGCAGUCCUUUCACACGGGAUGGGGGAACCCACGGAUCACAGAUCCCUCCCCAUGGGACCAAGCUGGGCCUUGCCCACCACCAUUUGAAGGAGCCACUAGCUCCAGCCAUCAGCCCACAGGAGAACGGCUGGCCCAGCUCCGUUCCGGCCCGGAGACGGAUGGCAGGGUGUUUUCCAAAGACGAGACAGGCGAGGAAGAGACUGUCAGUGUGGAGACCCGCCGCCAGCGCUUCCGGCGGUUCUGCUAUCUGGAGGCCGAGGGUCCGCGGGAGGUGUGCAGCCGCCUCUGGUUCCUCUGCUAUCAGUGGCUGAAGCCCGAGAGGAGGACGAAGGAGCAGAUCCUGGAGCUGCUGAUCCUGGAGCAGUUCCUGACUGUCCUGCCCCAGGAAAUCCAGAACUGGGUGAAGGAAGGGGGCCCAGAGACCUGCGCUCAGGCGGUGGCCUUGGCCGAGGACUUCUUGCAGCGGCAGGAGGAGCCCCUGAGACUGGCCUGUGACCUCUCUGAGCCUCUUGCGGAAGGAGAGGGGAGCUAUGAGUCCAUGUUGCCCUUACAACAUAUGGAGAAAGUGGUCUCUGGGCUGUUGGCGGAGGUGGGCCUGUAUUCCUCCAAAACGAAGGCCGCUCCGCUUGUCAGCUCCAAAAGGGAGACGCAAGAGAGCAGUGCGGAUCCCACUUUGUUGGACAGUGAGGUGCUGGCCAGGAAAAACACAGCCGUUUCUAAGGUGGACAGCCCUAAGAAAAAGGAACCGUCGGAAGAUCGCAGGGGAGUCUUUGGUUCGAGUUCCGACGUUAGUGCCUGUGAAAAAACUCCCCCUGGGCUGAAACCGCACAAGUGCAUGGAGUGCGGGAAACGUUUCCACCAGCUCUCGCACCUCAACCGGCACUUGAGAAUCCACACAGGGGAGAAGCCCUACAAGUGCCUGGAUUGCGGGAAGAGCUUCACCCAGGGCUCCUGCCUGCUCGGACACCAGAGAAUCCACACGGGGGAGAAAGCCUACUCCUGUUCCUUCUGCAGCAAGAGCUUCAUCUGGAGCUCCGGCCUGCACCAGCACGAAAAGAUCCAUCUGGGCGAGAAGCCCUACAAGUGCCUCGAGUGCGGGAAGAGCUUCCACCGCAGCUCCGCUCUGACAGACCACGUGAGGUCCCACACUGGUGAGAAGCCCUACACUUGCUCGGACUGUGGGAAGGGUUUCAGCCAGCACUCGAACCUCAUCGUGCACCGGCGGGUCCACACGGGGGAGAAGCCCUACACGUGCUCGGUCUGUGGGAAAAGCUUCACGCGCACGGCACUGCUCAUGGCACACCUGCGGAUCCACACGGGAGAGAAACCGUACAAGUGUUUGGUGUGCGAGAGGAGUUUCCGGGAGAGACCGGCGCUUACAAAACACAAGAAGAUCCACCUGCGAGACAACCUGGGAAAGUUGGUGCGGUGGCUGGUCAGAAAACAUCAGAGCGGGCAUCGGCAGGAGGUUUCUGGAGACGGGGAAGAAUUGAAGGAGAACGUGAGCCGUUUUGUACAAACAAGAGAAAAACCACUUGGCCAGACAUUCCUUGAAGAAGGAGCUGAAGCUGUGGCCCCGGCAACCGACAUGGCUGCCGAAUUGGGAGAGGUGUCGGCUUUGGGUCUCCGGUUCCUGGAUUCCGGGCUGCAGGCAGAGGCCAGUGUGGGCGAGGCGGCCAUUUUGAAAAUGGGAUUGGAGAGAGCCGGGGGAGCCCCUUGUGUCGUUCCGGCAGGGGGGCCCUUCGAGCCGUGCCUGAGGUGGGCCCCCCCUCAGAUGGUUAAAAAGGAGCCGGGAGAAGGGCUGGUGUUGCCGAGGUGGGAGGCCCAGUGGCAGGAGUUCCUCAGGACAGUUCAGCCCCCUCAGUCUGGGUGUGGCUACAACGCGCAGCUCACAGAGGCGACACAGUGGGGCGAGACGAAGACCUCCCUGGGCCUUUUCGAGGGACUGGCUGUCACCAGCACCCAGUGGCUGACAGAAGAAGGGGUGACCAGAUCCCUGCUUGGGAUGAACGGAGGGGCCCACUGGGCUGGCGGAGAGCUGGACACCAUGGAGGAGAGAGGAUCCGGGCAGCUGAAGAAGGUCAAGGGGGAGGAAGCCGUCGGCUCAGAGGUGUGGCGCCGAAGCUUCAGGCAGUUCCGCUACCAGGAAGCCAAAGGGCCGCGGGAGGUUUACGGCCACCUCUGGGAGCUUUGCCAUCAGUGGCUGAAGCCAGAACAAUGCAGCAAGGAGCAGAUCCUGGACUUGGUGAUCCUGGAGCAGUUCUUGGCCAUCCUGCCCCCGGAGAUCCUGUGCUGGGUGAAGGAGCGGGGCUCCGAGAGCUGCUCCCAGGCGGUGGCCCUGGUGGAGGAUUUCCUCCUGAGGCAGCAAGUGACCAAGGGGCAGGAGCAGCAGGUGCCAGGGAAGCUGUUCCAGGACUGGGCUGUGAAUUUUCCACUGGAAGAAGGGAUUUCUUCAGAAACGACGAGAACACAAACCAGCAGGGAGGUCAAGCGAGAGGGACAAGGAGUUGGCCACACUCUCACAGGUGGAGGCUGGCCGAUUGGGAAUGAAGAAGCGCAAAGGGAGAUAGAAGAGAUCAAGCACUGCAUGCUGGGAGAAAAUAACGGGACCCCGGGGGAACGUGCCUGGCAGGACGGAGAUGAAGCAGAGAAGCGCGGAAAUAAAUCCCUCACUUGCCUGCCGGGUGAUAAAUCCCUCACUUGCCACCCAGUCUCGCAAAGAACCUGUAGCGCAAGCCGAAGGAGUAAGUGCCUGGUCUGUGGGAAGGUCUUCGGAAAGGACUCGGACCUUCACAGACACCAGAGAAUCCACAUAGGGGAGAAACUCUACGAAUGCUCAGACUGCGGGAAAACUUUCCCUCUGAUCUCGCAGCUCUGUAGCCACAAGAGAAUCCACGCGGGAGACAAGCCGUACAAAUGUUCGGAGUGCCCCAAAAGCUUCUCGAAUAGGUGGAACCUUGUCAGCCACCAGAGGAUGCACACGGGAGAGAGGAUGUACAAGUGCCCAGACUGUGGGAAAAACUUUUCUCGGGGCGAGCACCUUCUGCGACAUCAGAGAACCCACACGGGAGAGAAAAUGUACAAAUGCCCAGACUGUGGGAAAAGUUUUUUCCGGGGCGAGCACCUCCUGAGACAUCGGAGGACCCACACGGGAGAGAAACCGUACGAAUGCCUGGACUGCGGGAAAAGCUUCGCUCUCAGCCACCACCUGAUCAGCCACCAAAGGAUCCACACAGGAGAGAAACCCUACCAGUGCUCGGAAUGUGGGAAAAGAUUCAACCGGAGCACCAACCUGAAGAGCCAUAAGAAAACCCACACGGGAGAGAAGCCGCACAAAUGUGUCCACUGUGGCAUGAGCUUCACGCGUCAUACGAACCUUAUGAAACACAUGAUAAGGGAAAGAAACCACACGGGGGAGAAGCCGUACAAAUGCGCCGACUGUGGGAGGAGCUUCCACCAGAGCUCCGACCUCGUCAAGCACGAGAGGAUCCACACCGGAGAGAAGCCGUACCAGUGCUCGGUUUGCGAGAAGAGGUUCAGCCAGCGGUCCUAUCUCAUCGUCCACGAAAGGUUCCACACCAAAGAGAAGCCAUACAAAUGCUACCUGUGCGGGAAGAGCUUCUGCUCCAAUGCUCAUCUCAUGACCCACCAAAGAACCCACACCGGGGAGAGACCCUAUCAGUGCCCUGAUUGUGGCAAGAGGUUCAUCACCAGUUCGAACUUUGUGAACCACAAAAAGACCCACACGGAGGACAAGCCGUACAACUGCUCCCUCUGCGAGAAGAGUUUCAAGCGGAGCUCUAACUUGAUCCAGCACGAGAGGACCCACACGGGCGAGAAGCCCUACUCCUGCCUGACCUGUGGGGAAAAUUUCGCCUCCAAUUCGGGCCUCGUGAAGCAUCAGCGCAGCCACACGGGGGAGAGGCCUUACAAAUGCUCCUACUGCGCAAAGAGCUUCACCCAGAGCAUGAUCCUGACCCAGCACGAGAGGACCCACACGGGGGAGAAGCCGUGCAAGUGCCCGGUGUGCGGGAAGAGCUUCCGCUCCAGCUCAGACCUGGUGAAACACAAGCGGAUACACACGGGGGAGAAGCCGUACAAGUGCUCCUUAUGUGGGAAGAGCUUCACGACCAGCUCGGAUGUGGUGAAGCACGAGAGGACCCACACGGGCGAGAAGCCGUACAAGUGCGGGACCUGCGGGAAGAGCUUCAGCCAGAGCGCACAUCUCAUGCAGCACCAGAGGAUCCACACAGGGGAGAAACCAUAUACGUGCCUCACCUGCGGGAGAAGCUUUACCUGCAGUGCCCACCUGGUGGUCCAUAAAAGAACUCACAAAGAUAACUUACAAACAUUAAAUAUUUCCAUUGGGCAGAUGGCUGAGAGAAAGAAUGUCCCAACCUAGGGCCGAACUGGAUAAUAACUUCAGCCUUCCCCUCCCAUGCCGUCUUCCCUAGCCGAAAUGGCCGCAGGGCACCCUGUUUGCUCACAAUGAGUCAAACAGGGCCCCCGCGGCCCUUUCAGUUGGGGAAAACAGCACUGGGGGGAGGGCCGAAGCCUCUCCGAUCCUGUGUCGUGUUCCCGAGCAGAACUGGGCCCUGCAGUGCUCUUAAACGUGACUUGGAUUGCACAUCUGACUAUAAAUUGGGUCCUGGGUAGUUUAGCCCCUCGUUAAGCGUCGAAGAUUCCAUUCCAGGAGAAAUCUUAGGAAUGUUCCAAGCAGCGGCUUUUAUGCUGAACCAGACCCUCUUUUAUUCCCCUGCCCCCUCCCCGGAAUUUUUUUAGAAGCUGUAGAGGAAAGUAAAUCUAAAACUUAGUAGCCCGUCUAAUCGUUUUAUGCAUGGGGGGGUGGGGGGUAAAGAAGUCACCCAAACAGGAGAGAAGCCAUAGAAGAAUUGUUCAGAUUAGGAGAAGAGUCGCUGGAUUGUUCCCAUCCACCGUAAAACACAAAGCAAGUCUUUUGAAAAGUUAUUUUCGCGAUGUUGUCUAACUGAAGAUGAAUAGGGGAAAAGGAGCUCUCUAGGCAAUAGGAUUUGGGACGUUUGUGUGGAGAGGCAGCUUGUGGGAGGAUGGCGAGGGGGUGUUGAAGGACAUGGCUACAAAAUAAACAUCUGUAUAAAAGCAUAUGGGGCAGUCAUGCAUUAACUGUACAUAGUCUAGAGCUAGAUUUGAAUCCAGGAGCUCCUUAGAGACCAACACGAUUUUUGGGGUAUGAGCUAUCGAGAGUCAAUCCUUUGUUUCCUGGAUAACCUGAAAAUCCUGUUGUUCUCUGUGGCAGAAGGGGCCCAUUCCGCCCUGCCCUCCUAGGUUUUUCUCGACCCCCGGAGAGGCUUUUCAUUCAUUCUCGGGUGCCCUGCUGCCACCACCUGACCUUUGCAAGGAAUUG